AUUUUCGAAUGGACUGAAGCGUGACCUUGGGUUUGCUAAUGGCAUCUUUUACGUAUGAGCAGGUCACCCGCAAUCCUACUAAAAAGUUGAAGUCUUCAGAAGUCCCUAAUGAUGUAGCGAUUAUAAUUGACAACGGUAAUUUCGAGUGUCGUGCGGGAUAUGCCUGUUACGAAGAUCCACAUAUGAUUUUCCCUAACGUCGUUUAUCGUCCACGAAUGUCAAAGUGUGUUCUUGUCGGUAAUGAUAUCGAAAACUUCGAGUCUGUACGUCAUAGCCUGAAGUCUCCGUAUAUGGAUAGUCUUGUCACUAACUUAGAUGUGCAAGAACAAGUUCUCAACCACACUUUCGAAAAGCUCAAUGUCCGUGAACCGCUCUCAAAUCCUGUUAUUAUUAAUGAACCAUUGUGCAAUCCUGGUGUAUGUAGAUCUCGCAAGUUACUGUUUCUUAAACUAAUAUUUUGUAGAGCUAUCAGAGAUGAUGUUUGAAACAUAUCAUGUUCCUAAAUUGUUGUAUUACGUUGAUUGCCUGGCUUCUUUUUACAAUUACCAACAAUUUUGCAGUUCAGACCAAACAACCAACUGUUUGGUUGUAUCCUUUGGUUAUCAAACAACUCAUAUUGUUCCAAUAGUGCCUGCACGUUUUGAAAAGAAUAUUUCAUCGGGGUUUAGACCUCUCAUACAGGCUGCUCGUCGCCUUCAAGUAGGAGGUGCUCAUGCUAGCUGGAUGCUUCAACGUUUACUGCAGCUAAAAUAUCCUUGUCACUCUGAUUGUAUUUCUGGAGGUCUAUCCGAGCAUUUAGCCCAUUCCUACUGUCAUCUUGCAUCCAAUUAUCGACAAGAAAUGAUUCAGUGGAAGUCUAAAGAAUUUCGUUCCUUACAUACAGUAAAAGUACAACUUCCAUUUAACAAGCCAUCUGAUGAAGAAUUAAAAGCGCUAGCUGAUCGGAAACGUGCUCAAGCUGAACGCCUAUUGAGUACACAUAGAAAACGACAGAAACAACAGUUGGAAUCAGCUCAAUGUCGGUUGGCUGAACUUGAAAAAGUCGAGAAAUUAUUAAAACAAGAAGAUUCACCUAUUGUAAAGCAAAUUAUCUCCAAUUUGGGAUUAUCAAAGUCAACGGAUGUAAGUCAAGAAAUGGAUUCAUGUCGUCGAAUUAUCGACAAACUACAAGCACAACUUAAUCCUGUAAUCAAAUCUGAAGAUGAGACAAUCGAUCAGAAUCCGUGUAAACGCGGUCAAUUCGAUACAAAAUCAAAAUUCACUUAUUCUUAUCUACUUGACAGGAUGUAUAGUGUAUAUACAAAUUCAUUUAGUACAGUGACAAAUGAAUUAACUGGUCGACAUAAACGUGCUGCUGAAUUAUUAAUCUCACAAUCAUUACCUUCGGCUGUCCAGUCACAAAUGACGGUCAAUACAAAUAUGAGUAAUUUUAAAUUUACUGAAGCUAAACUGCGUAAUAGAAUUAGAAUCGCCGAGGAUUUGGAAUUCAGCGAAGGCGAAGAUUUUAUUCUUUGGUUGUCAUGGUUACGUGAUCGUCGAGCCUACAUAUCAAAGAAACGUACACAACGUCAAAGUCGUGUAGAUCUGGCAACACAAAUUGGUUUACAUUCAAACGAUGGACAUUCUGAUAUUGGAUCCGAUUCUGGUGAGCGUAUUCCACAGAUGAAAUCAUCAAUCAGUACAAUGCAGACAGUUGCCUGUAAUCCCAGUGGACGUAAUGGAGUGACUAAUGAUGCUGCUGCACAUUCUGGAUCCACUGGUGAUAAAUAUGAUGAUUCCAAGAAGGUAAUGACAGAACGUCGUCGUAUGCAGUUGGAAAAAAUACGUGCUAUGGCAGCUGAAUUGAAACCAACAAGAGGUCGUAGUCGAGGUGCUGGAAAAUCUGUUCGACCAGGUGUAUCUCGUGGAGCUUCAAAAUCCCGUGGUCGUGGUCGUAAGUCACUAGCUGAGUGUGAUAGUCGCAUUAUCACCGGUGAAAUAAAUCCUGAUGAUGAAGACAAUGAGACACUGGUCGAUGAUUGUUCUGAUAUGCUUGGUUUAGAUGACCCGACUGAAACAGAACAAACUGCCAGCAGUUCAACAGGAUUGAAUCGUCUAUGGGAUCCAGAUUGUGAAGAUGAUACAAAUGAUGAGUUGAAUGGCUCUAGUGGUAUGAAAAAAGUUCCUGCGACAUCAGAUUAUCGAAUGGAUGUAGCUGAUGAAAGUGAGGAGGAACGUGAUGAACUAGCGGUUAUGGAUAGUCUGUUAGCACUUUAUGAUCCAGAAGCUUCAAAGGACUUGGGUAUCACAGAUCUAAAGGUUGAACUAGAUCGAUAUUAUCAAAUCCAUGUAGAUACAGAACAAGUUCGAUCUCAUGAGGUUCUAUUUCAACCAAGUUUUAUUGGUCAUUCAGAGGCUGGAUUUUCGGAGUGUUUGGAGUAUGUCCUUCGAGAUACAAAACAAUUAAUUGAUGAUGAUAAUGAUAAUGAAUCUUUAGCAUACUCUGUUUGGCCUGAAAAAGUCUAUCUUACUGGUGGUGUUGCUGCUCUGCCUGGACUUGUUGAACGAAUCCGAUAUGAUAUAAGACCUCUACUACCUGUUGGAUCGAAAUGGGACAAUAUUGAUAUUGUUGUAGCCGCUAAUCCACAAUUGGAUGCAUGGUAUGGAGCACGUCGUUUCGCCAAUUCUCCUCUGGUCGAUGAAUGUUAUAUCACGAGAAAAAUGUAUGAAGAAUACGGUUCAUAUUAUUUUAAAGACCAUUCGAUUAGUAAUUAUUAUUAUACGACAAAUUCGGAUUAAAGAGCGACAAGUUACACUGGAAAUAUCUCUAGCAUUGUUUAUAUUUGUGUAUCCUUUUCUUUCUUUCUUUCUCAUCCUCAGUCUAUGCAUUUGUUCUAUUUUUUUUUCUUACUAUUCUAUUUUUUUGCCUCGAUGUAAUUAUCUUAUUACAUAAUCAAAAGAAUCAAUAAAUCAAUCUCAGUGAUACUUUUUGUCUAAUAUUAGGUGCAGUUUCAACAAUAAGAGGUGG